UCGACACUAAACUGUGUAAAACAACGGGUGUCCUGGCAGAACAACAUUUCGCGGAUCGCCCCAAAGAUGUCACUGCCCUCACUGGAGACGUUUGGCUGUAGUGGUGAAUCUACUUCGGCGGGUGUACGAUGGGAGCGCUGGAAAAGAGCAAGUCUUACACAUUUUGGUGGAUUAGACUUACAAGAAAUACCCAACAACAUACCUGGCGCUAAUGUUGAGCCCAGUGAAGGUGUUCUAGUAUUCAAAGAAGCUAUAACAAAAUUAGAUUCUUACUUUGCUCCACAACAAAGUGAGCUGUACGAACGACAGGUAUUUCGGCUUCUUAAACAAGAACCUGAGGAGACGUUUGAAAAGUUUUUAGGAAGGUUAAGGAAACAAGCCGAUAAAUGUAAGUUUACUAACAAAGACGAAUACAUUAUCGACCAAAUAACCGAGAAAUGCCACCUACCUGAACUGAGAAAAAAGAUACUAUGUAUUGGAGAUGAAAUAACAUUGGACCGUGUUAUUACAGAAGCAAAAGCAUUAGAAGUCGUAAGUAAACAGUUAGAAGAAUUUAAAAAUCCUUCUAAACGAAAUGGGGAAUUAGCUAAAGUUGACAGCAAGUACAAAAUAAAUUAUAAUAAGCCAAAGUAUGUACAACAUGGGUGUGAGAGAUGUGGCAAUCCCAGACAUGCGGGAAAUGAUACUAAUUGUCCGGCAAGAAAUAAAGAAUGUCUCAAAUGUGGCCUUAAGGGUCACUUUAGGCAGUACUGCAGGACUAGACAAAGCUUCAAGAGAAAGGGAGAAAUGGAAAGACAUGAAUUUAAAAGAAGUCGUUUUGAUAAAAAAAAUAUAAGAGAGAUUGACCAAGUAGGCAAUAAAACAGAAGAAAAAAACGAGUACGUUUUUCAUCAUGAUGACGAUGCUGAAAUUGACUGUAUCAUUGGAGGAGUGAAAACUUCGAUGCUGAUUGGUUCGGGCUGCAAGCAAAAUUUGAUAACAGAAGUAACCUGGGAAACACUGAAGAAAAACAAAAUUAUUGUAUAUAAGCAACAUCCCAACCCUGCUGUUUCAUUAAUGGCCUAUGGAAGUACUACACCACUCAAGCUAAAAGGAUCAUUUAAAGCUCGAGCAGAAAUAGGAUCGAGAUUCGAAAACUCAACCUUCUAUGUUGUUAUUAACGGUACAAGAAAUAUCUUAGGAAAGACUACUGCUAUGGCAUUAGGAGUAUUAAAGAUCGGACUAGACGUAAAAGUUAACCAAGUAGGCUAGGGAAUAUUUCCUAAAUUAAAAAAUGUAGACUACUUAUUCAUUUACCGAUUGAUAAUUCAAUUCCACCUGUAUCACAACCCUACAGGUAAUAGUAAAAUAGAUUUAAAUAUAUUAUAUUAUAUACUAUAAAAGUAAAAUGUAAGUUCUUCGUAAUUGCUUGCUAGUAAAUGAGAAGAAAUCUAUGUAUAAUAUCUUCUUGAUAAUUUGAUUAAUUAUUAAAUACCUACUUAAUUUAAUACGUAAUUAUGUAAUUUGAUUUAUCAGUAAAGCACUAUGAUUCAUUAAUUAUCUUUGAUCAUUUUAUAUUAAGGAAUAUCAAUUUUUAAAAUGGGUCCAGUAGUUUAUGAGCCUUUUCAUU